AUGUGGCACUAUAGAUGCUACGACACUAAGGAAGAGAGACGAGAACCAUGUGGCACUAUAGAUGCCACGACACUAAGGAAGGAAGGGAGACGAGAACCAUGUGGCACUAUAGAUGCCACCACACUAAGGAAGGAAGGGAGACGAGAACCAUGUGGCACUAUAGAUGCCACCACACUAAGGAAGGAAGAGAGACGAGAACCAUGUGGCACUAUAGAUGCCACGACACUAAGGAAGGAAGGGAGACGAGAACCAUGUGGCACUAUAGAUGCCACGACACUAAGGAAGGAAGGGAGACGAGAACCAUGUGGCACUAUAGAUGCCACCACACUAAGGAAGGAAGAGAGACGAGAACCAUGUGGCACUAUAGAUGCCACGACACUAAGGAAGGAAGGGAGACGAGAACCAUGUGGCACUAUAGAUGCCACGACACUAAGGAAGGAAGAGAGACGAGAACCAUGUGGCACUAUAGAUGCCACGACACUAAGGAAGGAAGAGAGACGAGAACCAUGUGGCACUAUAGAUGCCACCACACUAAGGAAGGAAGAGAGACGAGAACCAUGUGGCACUAUAGAUGCCACCACACUAAGGAAGGAAGAGAGACGAGAACCAUGUGGCACUAUAGAUGCUACGACACUAAGGAAGGAAGGGAGACGAGAACCAUGUGGCACUAUAGAUGCCACGACACUAAGGAAGGAAGGGAGACGAGAACCAGUGGCACUAUAG